AUGCCAAAUAUUGAGCACGAUCCCCGUGCAACAGCACUCCUUAUAGAACAUUUAGGUUUUGCACCCAUAAAAGUCGUUGACGAAGUCAUUAACGCUGUCAAUCAAAUAAUGGUUCAAGGUAUAGAGGCCCUUGAGAACUACUUGACAAACGUCCAUGCUCAAGGACAACUACCGGAAAAUGUAACUCCAGAAGAAAUACUUUCUGGCACUGCCAAACUAGAAUCCCUAAUUCAAUACAAAAUUGAUUUCGCAUUUGAUAAAUAUGAAUUGUAUUGCUUAUCGAAUAUUUUUCAUAUUCCAACUAAUUUGAUUGAUGAUGGAUGGUUUCGAUUAAAGACGCACGAGGGGAUUGAUUUCACUCAAAUUCAAAGUAAUCCUUUGGCGAAACUGGAAUACGAUGAUGAGAUUUUACGAAUGAAUGAUUUGAUUAGACAAGAAUUGUAUAAACGACAAUAUUAUAAAUUGCAAAUUGUUACUUUUGAUAAGAUUAAGCAGUAUCUUGAGAUUGUUCUGAAUAAGUUUGUUAAACUUUACGAUUUGAAUGUGCUGGAAACGGCUACCGACAGAAGUGGAUUAACGGCGAGGGAGAUUUUAGCUAAGUUGGGUCCUGUUGAUCAAACGUUAGAGAAUGUUGUACUACAGUUGAAAGAUGUGAUAAGACAAGUUGAACUAGCGAAGCAAAAAUUAAGUAGUAUUGAUUUGAAAAAUGUUAGAUUUGAUCAUAAUGAUGAAUAUAUUGAGAAGAGGAAAGCACGUAUUUUAAAGAAUUUGAAUUUGAAUAUUGAAUCAGGUGAAGAGUCAGAUAAGCAGCAAAGUGAAAUGAACGGGCGCAGUGAUGAUGAUGAUAGUGGAGUUGGUUCAGAUAUUGAGAUGUUUGAAAAUAUCACCGAUUGGGAUAUAGUAUACCAGGGGGUUAGUGCCGCUAAGGAAAGUCGGCAGACGGAAGAGAAGUUGGAUGUGGAAGAACAGGUGCAGCUGUCUGUAACUGAUCUACCGUUGGAUAACGAAUAA